AACCCAUUGAUGCUAGGAAACUUCCAAACUCUCCUUGGACAUUGGUUUCAAACAAGGUUAAUACAAAUUAGUAUUGCAAGCAAUUAUCACGAGCUUCUAUUUUUCUUCAAUGAAUGGUUAAAAAUGUAGUGUACACAUUUCCAUUUUAUUUUGUCUAGUAGCAGUGUAGCACUAGCACAUAUUUUUAUUCAAAAGUAUAUGCUUUUUGUUUGGCUAAAUUUAUUUUGGACUUCCAAAAAAAAAAAAAACAAAACAAAAACCAUCGCAUUUUUCUCUUUUGCCAUUUUUGUUUCUGUUUAUGACUAUUAUUGCAACAGAAAACUGUAGUCAGUCAGUUCGACUUUCCUCUGACAAAAUUACUAAAGAGAACCAUCGCUAUCAUGUCGAUCGCGGCCUCCGCCGCCGCCGCCGCCGCCGCCGCCCCUUCUUCCUCCAAACUCUCAUUUGGUCCCUACUACUGCUAUUAUUGUAGAGCAGAAGGAAUUGGUUGCUCAACUUCGAAUGGAACAACCAACAGUUGGAUCAAAUCGCCUUCGGACAUUCAUAAAAUUUCUGAUCAUUCAGGCUUAAGUUUCAGAUGUGAAAAUCCAUUUUUUGGAGUUAGACAAUUCCACCAAUUACCUAAUGGACAUCAGAGUUGUGAUUUUAAGGUUUCAGUUGCUGCUGAUUACUCAGAUUCACUUCCGGAGUCUUCGAAUUUUAUUGGGGAGAAUGGAUAUCAUCCUCUUGAAGAACUAAAAAAAGAUAGAACUGCUCGGGUGACUAAACUCACAGAUGCUGAAAUUGCAAGGACCGCGGUUGAGGCAAACCAAAAAGCUCUGUUGUUAUUUCCUGGUAUUGUACACUGUGAACCGCAUGAACAAGUCUCAUGGGCUGAAUAUCAUUAUGUUGUUGAUGACUUUGGAGAUAUAUUUUUUGAGAUCUACGAAGAUGAGAAUAUCUUGCUAGAGCGUGACGCAAUGAACCCUGUGAAUGCGUUAAUUGGAAUGGGUAUCCCACAAUAUAAACAUAGAAGGAUAAAUUCUUCUGCCUACAGCAUUUUGGAGAGUGGUUAUGAUGAUGAUAUACCUUCCCAUUACGACUUUGAGUUUGAGAAUUCUAAGUCAGAUCUGCGGGUUGAUUUUGGUAUGCCGAACAGUUCAAGUUGGGUCCAUCCAGUACAUUUCUCGAAGUGCUUGGAAAAGGCUGUCGAUAAGAAGUGUCUUAAAAUGAUGGACCGUCCUUCAAAUGGUGUUUCGCUCUGGGGACAUCUGAGGCCUGCAUAUGUUGAUGAAGAAUCAUACCUCCGAAAGAUUUUCAAUGAUGAAGACAAUGAUGACAGUAGCUGGUCAGAUGGAGAAUCUGUGAACAGUCACACUGAUGACGGAAGCUGUAGAAGAUCUAGUAUCUACAAAUUUGAAAUCACUAAAGUGGAGUUGUAUUCUGUGUAUGGUGUUCAGGCAUGUAUCUCUAUCACUAGCUCUGCUUGUCAUGCUUAUGACAAGUAGAGAUAUAUAGAGGAGUAAACAUCAUCCCUGUAUAAUUGAAUAUGCAUCUUGUUCUGCAGACUAUCUGUGCAAAAUUGAGGAGAAUUUUGCAAGACACUUUGUGGCAACAUUGCUUGACUAUGCAAUUUGUAGCAUAAAAUGCUGUUUCUGAAUUUAUUUAAGGGAGUAACAUCUCCAAAAAUAAUGUAUCCUAUUAAGUUAUAUCCAUGGGAGGGUUUUGGUUUGGUUCUAUUUUGUUAAAGUUGGUUCUGUUAUCGACCAAGAAGAUGAACUUGUUGAUUCAUUGGUUUUCCAUUUAUCUGCUGGUUGUUUAGUGACUUCAAUAUUUUUUAGUAAGUGACUUAUAGUCCAAUUCAGUUCAUGCAUCUUAUCAUACAAAUCUUGUGGAACAUUCCUUUGUGUCUUCUCUUAUUAUUAUUAUUAUUAUUAUUUCUAUUUUGUUUUUUUCUUUUCUUUUUUAUGAUAAUGUAUGCGUUAACAGUAUUGAGUGUACUCUCUUUUUGCCACUUGAACUUCUGGAUAUAAAUAUCCUUGCCCCUUAUUCUUUAACUCUUUGCAGUUGGACAUCAGUUUGGAAGAUUUUGAAGAUGCUGAACCUGAUAUUCUUGUACAUUCAGCACCAUCGCUUGUCGAGCGAUAUGGCGAUCAAGGAACAAAAUGUUCUUUCGCACUUAAAGCUCUCUGCAAAAAAAAGGGACUCAUUGUUGAGGUAACAGAGUGGUCCUAUUUAACUCAUGCCUCAAUAAUCUUGUGUUUCCAUGAAUAAAAUAUUAUUAGAGAUUGCUAUUUCUAUUGAUAUUUUUUUCAAAAUUUAUUUUCAUAUAUUAUGUGAUUAUGUUCCAAAAUUUUACCUUGAUUGCAUAAACUGAUCCAUUUUCUUUCAUAAUUACACCAUUUAGUGAGUAUUUGAUUUCUAUGUGCGAAGCACCACUGGUACUAGUGUUUCUUUGUUUGACGUGAAGUGGCAGAUUUUUGCCUUUUGGUGCUCGUUUGGACUCUAUUCUGACAAGUGCUUUCUUUAGAUGUUGCUAUUCAGAUUUCCUUCAAGAAAAC